AUGCAGAUGUACCUUUGCUCUAGAGACGAUCCCAUCAGUGCCUUGUUGCUCCGCGCCGAGUCCAUAGUCUGGUUUCCGAGAAUCCCGCGUGUCACCGAGAAUCAACAUCUCCCGACCGUUAACAACGUCGUCAUGGGCAAUCGGCACCCGCUUCCGGCCACCGAGCUAGACAACGACCUCCGCAGCAUUGGAGCUUGGUCGGACGGGUCCCCAACCACCGUCGAGCGGCCGAUGCCCCCUGAAGAGUACUUCUUCAACGAGACCCCCAUAUAA